ACUCAACUUGUAUCGAAAAACACAAAAAAAAACCUAAAACGACAAAUUUUUUUCCAAACGACGUGUGUCAAGAUACAAAACAGAAAAAAAAAACACCUUAAGAAAAGCAAAAACAAACAAAAAUUUUAUUAGUGAAAUGAAAAAAUACUAAACGUACACAAAAAAAAAUUUCAGAACCGUUAAACAAAUUUAUCAUUUUUCCUCACCUGCCAGACAGACAGCCAGCCAUUCAUCAACUAUUAACGAAAAAGUGACAAACCAAAAAAAUAUAUAGAAAAAAAGCUCAUUAUAUAACCUACAGUAAUCAUAAUACUAAUAAUUAAUAGUAAAACAAAUAAAUAAAUAAAUUAUUCAUAAUUAUAUUAGCAUCUUUAAUAAAUAAUUAAAUAAUAAUAAAAAAUAAAUAAAUAAAAAUAAAUUAAAUGUUGACUGUUAAAGUUUUCAAACCGUAGCCGAAUGCGAAUCCAAAUUACAUGCAAAAUAAAUGGGUACAAUGAGGCCAAAUAAAUACGAUGUUACUACAGCUUAUGGUCUAUGCCAAGAUUAUUUACCUCCUGAUGGUGGUGAUUUCUGGUGCAUUAUGUACAGUAGAAGAUUAUGUAAUAAUGUCACAGUGUGCACACAACAAAGCCAUAAACUUAGCUGCAGAAGGAACAGUCUCAGUGACCGAUAUCUCACAAACACAAAAUAUAACAAUAGUUGGCCGCCCGGAUUUUGUGAACAACAAUUUCAAAAUAGCACUGUAUGCAAAAGAGACACAAAGAUAUCUGUGUUUCAACGAUCAUUGGAAACUAGUUGGAAUGAAAGAACUCCAAGAUACCUGCUAUUUCAACGAAGCAAUUGUUCACGGUUAUUUCGUGUUCCGGUCUGUAGUCGAUCUGCAGCGACGCAUCGGUUUCACGCAAAGAGGUAGAGCCGUUGGUCCCAAGAAAAUUGUUAACGAUGCUUGUUAUAUGUUCACCAAAAUACCAACCGAUCAAUUUUUCCAUCAACACACUCACUUUUCAGCACCCAAAACGAAAAGCACCACAACAAAAAUACCAAAAACAGAAUACACACACCCUACGCCCCAUACCAACCAUGCGGGGAGAGGCAGUGGUGGAGGGGGGCGAACAAAAACGAAUCGCUUUAAGAAUCCUCAACGUCAAGAUGACUCUGUUACGCAUCAUCACAGCGGCAAUGGCCACGGCAGCGGUAGUGGCAGUGGUGGCGGUAGCGGUAACGGCAACAAAAAGUUUAAGAAACAGCGUAACGGCCAUAAACAACGGCAACAGAAACAGGAGAUGCAGCAGCAACAGCAACAAAUUCGAGGCCAUAGCUACAAUUUAAGCAACCCAAAAAAUAGCACUUACCUAAAUAGUUCUAGGCAAAAUUUAGUCUUAAGUCAGCAUAGUAUAAACAACCACACAAACAAAAAACAUAAUAAUAACAACAACAGCAACAAUAACAACCACCCGCCUCAAAACCAUCAGGUCCGACAUCAUCACAAUGAUCCUAACAAGGUGGCCAGAAGGCAACAGCAUGACCAAAAGCAAAAAACUAAAUUGCGUCAACGUGUUCGACCUAGUCCUUCUGCUUCCGCUGCGCUUAACACAGCGGUGGCGUCAACAACUACAACAACAACAACUUCAAUAACUACAGCAAAAGCAAUAAAUUCCUCAAAACCUCAUCACUCUCCAAGCUCUAGUUACUCGGAUAUAAAUCCUACUAGUGUGGUUCCGAUAUCUAUAUCUACAGAUGCUACAUCUGACAGUCGUAAUACAAUGUCAUCAACUGUCGUGGUGGCGAAACGCAAAGGCCGAAGAAGAAAGGGUGAUAAGCUGCACAAAAAAGGCUUACAAAAGAAAUUGGAGCUGGAACGAGAAUAUUCUAGAGAACAAACAGACAGAGAGCAUAUAAGCAGUUCAUCGAUGGGCCCGUCCUAUGACGAGGAGGAGGAGUUUAUAACCAGCUCUACUGAUUAUGCCUGGAUGACCAAUGAUAUUAUGUUGUCAUCGGUAAAGCCGACAUCGGCCAGCUUACCAACGUGGGAAACCUGGUAUCCCUCUUCCUCAACUUCGUACACUGAUGAAGAUUCAGACUAUUCCUCGGGCUCUUCAGCCACAGCCUCUACAGUCACAGAAACGAAUAUCGAUAGGCGGUUCUCCACAACUCUGGAAUCAUCCUCAAUGACGACUGAUUUAGAUAAAAACAGUUUAUCUUCGCAGACAUCCGUACCUCUUCCAACAUCAGUGUUUACAAGUACUUUAACGGAGAACAGCAUCGAUGAAACUAUAUCACCCACGCUAACUACAGACUUAGGAACGACAACAACAAAUACCUCAACCUUUACUCAAACUGAUUUUUGGUCUACCAGGCUAAACGACAAUACGGAAGCGGAUGCUGAAGUUGAUGGCUUUACUAGGGAGACAUUUAACACCUAUGCCACCCCCAAACUAGAGAAUACUCAGAAUACACUUAAUUUGGAUGAGGAUGAUGAUGAGGCCAUCUGGGAAGACUCAAAUACAGCAUUAAGCACACAACACAAUAAAGAAGAUUUAGAGAAUUCUACAGCUGCCAUAACCCUCACAACUGCAGAAGAUGACAACGUUGAAGAUGAGGAGAUUAGCUCACCUCCUACGGAUCGAACUACCGAUGAAGUAAGUGACACAACAUGGACAGAUAGCUCUACUAGAGAAAUGACUUCAAGCAGGGAUUAUGAUAAUGCUAGCGAGGCAGCAACAUUUACUACAACAUCAACAACAUAUACAAAUGAUUGUGCCUACAGCACUGCUUCCACUCACAACGGAAGUAAAACGAUGACUGAUUGCAUGUUUGCAACGAAAACUACUGCACCCAUUGCCAAUAACCACAAACAAGGUGAAACCUCCCCAACACAAAUUUAUAAAGUUUCCAAAAUGGAAACGGCAAACAAAGUGACAACUAGCAGCACUACGUUAAACUCAAUACCCAUAAGAAGUGAUAAAACCACAAGUUUGCCUGAAACGACAUCAACCACAAUACAAACACAACCAUCAUUAUUAUCAUCAUUACUGGAACCUUCAGUAACAUCAUUGAAACUUGAACAUCCUGUAGAGAAAAGCGUUACCACACCAUUUGUCAGGGAAUCCCCCGAAAGCAAUACAGCAGUUAUAACAUCAGCAACAACAGCUUUUAGCUCGACUCUACAGUCGACUAAAGCGCCAGUACCAGCUACGCCUUUAACCACGCGAAAAACUUUGCGCAAAUCUACACAAAGACUGCUGGCCACACCAUUUCAUCAGCUAACCUAUGUGCGCAACGAAGCCGGUGAUAUCGAUAUCGAUAGCAUCGAUAACAUUAGCAUAUAUCCUGAACUGCUCGAUAACGACAACGAUGAGCCACUAGUGAAACCCAGUACUAGUCGUUUAACCAUGAUCAGUGGCUAUUUGCCAACCUCAGCCACUGCAACUCUACCCGAAUCGAUACGUAUUGCUAAAAUUAAAAUUAAUCGUGAACGUAAGCGCAUGUUACGUCUACGCAAUGUUGGCAAUUAUGCGUAGCUGUCAAUUGUUAAACUAAUCGAUUCUCAUUUCAUACAAUUCUAAGUCGAAAACUUAAACAAACUCAUUAAUGCACUUUUCAAAAAAAAACAUGUUCGAAAACGAAAUUUCACUUAAGUGGUCAAAGAGACAAUUAUUAAACGACAAGUAAGAGGUUGAUUUGUUUAAUUAUGAUGAGGGACUGUUGCGUCAUAUAAUUAGGAUUAAUUGUUUAUUAGCAGGACAUUCAUUCAUUUAUUGUGAGUUGAACACUUUGAUAAGAAUUUGAGGUAUUCAUCUGAAGGAAUAUUUCAAGCCAUGACAAUAACAGCAUACAUAUACACAUACAGAUACAGUUACAAACAAAUACACACACCCACACACAGAUACAUACAUACAUGGGCAUAAUUAUAAUGCGUAACUUUGCAACGAUCUAUAAAAGUUCAUUUUUUUAUUGUUCAAAUGAUGAAACAAUUAAUUAAAUUAAAUUAAAUAAUUAUCGAAUAAGUACUAUGGGAAUUUUUUUUAUAUAUAACCAAAUAAUGAAAAACAAUUCGCACACCAAACACCACUUCCAGUUGUUACAUUUUUUAUGAGAAUUUAGUGAAAAAAUAAUAAUAAUAAAAUAAUAAAAAAGAAAUAAUAAACAAAUAAUUCGUUUAAUCAAAUAUACAACAAUUAAAUCGAGAGGAAAAGCAAACAAAAUCAAAUAAACGUUUAUUCAAAGUUAUAAAAUACAAAUAAUUUAUUAAAUAAAUUCCUAUUAAUCAGAAUAGAAUACAACAAUUAUUCUUAAGUAAAAACAACAACAAAUGCUAAAAAAAUUAACAAAAAAAGAAAAACUAUAAAGGUAAAUAGUAGAAAAUAUCAAAAUUUAGAAUUUCAUUUAGUUAUUUAUUAUUACUAAUUAGAAAGAGAGAGCGAGAGAGAUAGAAAAAAAAAUAUAUUAAAACAACAAAAAAAAUGAAAAGCAAACAAACACCAAAACUAUUUUAAGCUGCUCAUUCAAUCAUGCCAUCACUCAUUUUUAUUAAGUGAUCAUUUUGUAUUUCAAUUACAAUGAAUUUGAUAUUUUGUGUUUUUAUUUCGUUUCUUAAUUUUUAAAUUAAUACACAGAAACAUACAAACAUCUACAUUAACAUACAUACACUUACUACUUAUUGAAACAGCUGAGAGCAACUAAUUACAAAUGUUUAAAAUUUUGUAUAAAUAGAUUUUGAAUUAUUAGGAUUAAAAGGUUUCAAAUAGUUCACUGAAAUACGCAUUCAAUGUCUUUGAACAGAUUUCAACUACUGAGCUUGGACAUAGGAUUCUAUUUGAAAAAUUUGUCUAAAAAUCAUCCAACAAAUUAAAAAAAAAAAACUAAUUAAUUUUCAUGAAAGUAAAGUUUUUUGCACUAAGAAAGAAAGCUUUUUUUGAGUUUUAUCUCUGGCAAAAAUAGAAACAAAGAGAUGAAACUUGAAAAAGCUUUUUAAGACAAAAAGCUUUUGUUAUUCAACAACCUACUUACAAAGGCUUUUAAUUGAGUUAAAUGCAACAUUCUAGCAGUUUUUGUAUAAAGCUUUCUUCUAAAAAGCUUUUUUAAGUUUUUUCUCUGACAGAAGUAAAGAGAAAGAGUUGAAAUUUGAAAAAGCUUUUUAAAACAAAAAGCUUUAAUUAUAUUAUAUGAGUAAAAUUAGAACAUUUUAAGUAGUUGUUAUAAAAAGCUUUCUUAAGUUUUAUCUCUAACAGAAGCAAAAAAAAACAAGAAUGAAACUUAGAAAAGCUUUAAUUAACCUACUUUUUAAAAUAAACAUAGGACAAUUUGACAAAAAUGACAAGUAGAACUUUAUUGCUUCAAAAAAGCUUUCAAAGUUUCAUCUCUAACAAAAACACACAAAAAAGGGGUGAAGCUAAAAAAGCUACUUGUAAUGCUUUCAAAUAAACCGGGAGGUCGAUUGUGUAAAAUAGCAACACUUUUCCAAGUAGUUUUGGUGCAAAGCUUCUUGCUUCAAAAAAAGCUUUCUUAAGGUUUAUAUUCGUCGAAAGCACAGACAAAGAAUGAAACUUAAAAAAAGUUUUGUUUUUUACCAAAAAGCUUUGGUUAACCUCCAACCUAUUUACAAAGUUUUUAACUAAACCAGAAGACUGUUUGAAUAAAACGACAAAUAUUUUUUGUGCAAAGUUUUCUUGCUUCCAAAAAAGCUUUCUUAAGUUUCAUCUCUAACAAAACACAAGAAUAGAUGUGAAACUUGAAAAAGCUUUUUAAACUUAAAGCUCUAUUAUAUUUUAACUAAACCAGCGGACUAAUGGAGUGAAAUGACGUUCUAUUACAAUAAGUAUUUUAAAGAAACAUUUCUAAUUAGUUGCCCCCAGCUUUUGUUUUUUUAAAUAACCAAAAAAACAACUAAACAAAAACCUGCAAUUACUAUUUAUAAUAUAAACCAAAACAAAAAUAUACAUUUAAAUUAAACAAAAAUCAUUGAAAUUAUUAAAUGAAGAAGGAGUAAAGUAUGUAGUAGCAUCUAUGUAUCUGUAUUUUAAAAAUAACGAAAAA